GUCCAAUGGGCCUAGCUAAGCAGUGACGUAUACUACUAAAUUCAGACCUUCCGAGCUGUUGCUCCUAUAAAAACAACAUUACGCGUCCCAUUUCUAAUUUCUAGGGUUUUGCAACACACAAUCGCCGAACGAAUCCAACACCAUGGGGCGAAGACCUGCGAGAUGCUACCGUCAGAUCAAGGGGAAGCCCUACCCGAAGUCCCGCUACUGCCGAGGUGUCCCCGACCCCAAGAUCCGCAUCUACGACGUCGGCAUGAAGAAGAAAGGAGUCGACGAGUUCCCUUUCUGCGUCCACUUGGUCUCGUGGGAGAAGGAGAACGUCUCCAGCGAAGCCCUCGAGGCUGCUCGUAUCGCCUGCAACAAGUACAUGGUGAAAUCGGCGGGAAAAGAUGCGUUCCAUUUGAGGAUUAGGGUUCAUCCUUUCCAUGUGCUGAGGAUCAACAAGAUGCUUUCGUGCGCCGGGGCUGAUAGGCUUCAGACUGGUAUGAGAGGUGCGUUUGGUAAGGCUUUGGGGACUUGUGCUAGGGUUGCCAUUGGGCAGGUGCUUUUGUCUGUGAGGUGUAAGGAUAACCAUGGAGCUCAUGCUCAGGAGGCUCUCAGGAGGGCUAAGUUUAAGUUCCCGGGGCGUCAGAAGAUCAUCGUUAGCAGGAAAUGGUGUGUUUUGGUUCCUUUUUCGGUUUCUUCAUUCUCUGUAAUGUUUAACAAGUUGUGUAUACUGAUGUGUUUUGAUGGUUUCAGGGGUUUCACCAAGUUCAACCGUGCUGAUUACACGAGGCUGAGACAGUCGAAGAGGGUUGUUCCUGAUGGUGUCAACGCUAAGUUUCUGUCGAACCAUGGUCCGUUGGCUAACCGUCAGCCUGGAAGUGCCUUCAUAUCAGCCACCAGCGAUUAAGAAUGAAGAUGAUUUGUUGUUGUCGAACUGAGAAUCUAGUUUCUGCAGUUUUUUGUUUUGUUUUUGUUGUAACAGUUGAAAACAUGGUUCAUCGUAUGAUUACAUUUUGUUUGGACAAAUGUUUUAGGUUCAGUUUCUAUACUUUAAUAUCUCAGCCUCUAGUUUAUCUACUUUUGCUUCUCU